AUGUCUACCUCUCCCUCCAAAAAAGCCUUUCGGGUCGGCGUCAUCUGCGGCAGCCAGCGCAAACCACGCGUUGGGGACCAAAUCACCAACUUCAUUCUCGAAACCGUUCAACCUCACUCAAAUUCCGCCCGUGCAACUGGGGAAAGGGAUCUUUCAUUCGACUUUGAUUAUAUCGACAUCAGCGCCCUGGACCUACCAUUCUACGACGAACCCGGUAUUCCAUCCAAGAUAACACCACCUGAAGGCUACGCUCACGAGCACACACGCAAAUGGUCACAGCGAGUAGCGGCACUCGACGCCUUCAUCGUUGUCACCCCGCAAUACAACUGGGGUAUACCAGCGGGUCUCAAAAAUGCAAUCGACUACCUUUACCACGAAUGGAAGGGGAAGCCAGCCAUCAUCGUCAGUUACGGUGGGCACGGAGGCGGUAAAGCGGCUGCGGCGCUGAGGGUGUGUCUAGCAGGUGGUCUUGGAAUGCAGAUUGGCGAUAAAAUGGUCGUCAACCUGACUUUCCCGAGCAGAGAUGCGCUUUACACGGCGGCACAGGGCCAACAUUUAGGGCUUGAUGCAGCCAAAGAGGGUGGGAUGUGGAGCUCGGAGAGGACACGCAUUACCAGCUCAUGGGAUGAGAUGGUUGGGAUGCUUGUUUCGGAAGGCGUAGCCAAGGCUGCUUAG